AUUUCUAUGCCAAAAGCGGUAACCCCGAGCUACACUCGGGCUUACCAUGCAGUGCUGCAUAGGGAGUCCCUGCAGCACUUACCUUGUCCUUCGCUCCCGCGAUGUGUCCCCUGAAGCGUCCCCGGCCAUCUCCUCCAGCGGAUGCCGGCAUCCGCCUCCUGUGUUCCGGUCCCUGUGACGUCGGGACGUACGGGCGGUGGGAAAUUUGAAAAUUUAAAAAAAAAAAUGACAUUUUUUUCAAAACGAUUUUACAUAUGCUCUGUCCUGUGCCCUGCCUGCAUUUUAAAUGUUCUUUCU